UCAGUUCAUCAACAUCAUGGAGGCUACAAAGGCCCCCAAAAAGCCAAAGUAUACCAAGAAGGAAAUUCAAGAAUAUAACCAAAAACAAAAGGAGCUUCGUGAACAGCAGAAGAUGGAAAAUCAACAGCGGCUUCAAGCAAAGCGUAAGCAAAAAAGACCAAGGCAGGAGCAACCACAUACACCUAAACUUCGCACAAAGAUCGUUGUAAGGAGACUGCCUCCAACGCUGCCUAGAGAUGCAUUCUUUAAUACCAUAUCCAAGUGGUUGGAUUAUAUAGAUUGGUCGGAAUAUGUUUCCGGAAAGCUUGCCAAAAAGCUGGCAAAACAAAAUGUUUUUUCAAGAGCCUAUCUGAAUUUCAUCGAUUGUGAUUCUGUGCUAGAUUUUUUCAAAUCUUGCAAUGGCCACUUGUUUGUGGAUAGCAAGGGCAACGAGCAUAGAGCAGUCGUGGAAUUUGCGCCAUUUCAACGAUUCUGCAAACAGCGCAAAACAAUCGAUCCAUUAGUCAACACCUUGGAUGCAGAUGCAGAUUAUCAAGCCUUUCUUCAAUCACUUUCUGAUCCAAGUAGCCUUUCUGAUCCACACUCCAUUUUGCCCAGCGAAGUUGGUAUAGAUUCUUCAUUGGAAACGGCAUCCAACUUGGUUGUGGUGGGAAGUACUUUAUUGACUGAUGCCGAGACGACCAAAAGUACUCCACUUUUAGAUGCCAUUCGCGCAGAAAAAGCUAGAAAACUGACUGCCAAGGCAGAUGAAAAAAGCAAAAAAAAACUAUUCAAAACAUCACUGAUAUCUGGAAAUAUUCAAUUGGCAAAACGAGAGUCUGUUUCUAAUUUAUCUCGUGAACAUACUGAUGCGCAUAAAACUGUUUCUGGAGCUGCUACAUUGAAACAUGGCAAAAAAUCCAAGGCACCGAAGCAAGCCAUUUCGAGUCAAAACCUGCAGAUUUCAUCUCAACACACAUUAAGCGCAGGUGAUGUAGUAUCUGGGCCAUCUCAGACAGGAAACUUGAAUUCAUCUCGCAAGAGUCGAUCUGAGCGCAAAAAAGAAAAGGCAGCCAAGUCAUUUGCUGGUGCACAUGCUUCAUCUCAACCCAACUCUCAAAACGCUGAAUCAACCCCAGUAUCCAAGUCCGGGAAUGCAGUUCAGGAAACCUCAUUUUCCGUAUCAGGGCCAUCAGAGUAUGAUGCUGAACCCAUUCCCACAAGCACAACUGCUUUACGUAGUAAAGAGAAAAGUAAAUCUGGUCGUGGAAAGAAACGCGAUGCUCCAGUAUCCAACUCUAUCCCUCUCAACCAACAAUCCAUCUCUCAGCCAGCCAUUGGGCUCCAGGAGUCAAAUGGAUAUGGUAAUAAGACUGAAAAAGAUUUGAAUUUAAAUACAAGUGCAACUGCAAAAGGCAAUACUGGUACCUCUUCUGCAGGUAACCAAACUAAGGGCAAACAGAGUAAAAAAGGUCCCAAUAGCGACACAUCCAACCCUGCUGCUCUGGGAAGCACCACCCGUAUUAUCCUGACGAAACGAGAUGGCACAACAACGGAAUUCCAAACCUAG